AUCGAAACAGAACAUUUUAUGCCAAACCUAAAAACGGAGAUGAGCAGAUAGAGGAAAUCGCAAUCUCCUCCGCCGCCUCCCGCCAUGGCUACAACUCCAUGGGAACCCGCCAAUCCGCCGAUAUCAUGUACCGUAACGCAGAAGGUCGCAGCAAAGGACGACUGAACUCCAUUUAUAUAUAUACAUCACUUUGCUACCAAUGGAUUGCUGGAAUACACAUGUGAAAGAAACAUGUGGAGGCUCAAAAGAUGGAGAAUCUGGGAGCAGUCUCAAUCGCUUCCUUGAACUUCCCGAGGACGUAAUUGCCAACAUCCUUCACCGUUUGGGUGCUUAUGAAAUCCUGGAAAAUGCACAAAGAGUUUGUUCUUCAUGGAGAAACAUCUGCAAAGACCCUUCCAUGUGGCGCGUUAUUGAUAUGAAACAUCUGGGCGAUGAAGACGAAUACCUUGAAGCCAUGUGCCGUGAGGCAGUAGAUCGGAGCCAAGGGCAAUUGACUGAACUCCACAUUGAUCAUUUCGCUACUGACCAAUUGCUCCUUUACAUAUCUGAAAGAUCGAGUAAGCUAAGAUGUCUUCAAAUAAGGGACUGUUAUGAAGUAGGAGACGAUGGAUUGAUUGAAGCAGCCAAGAAAUUUCCUCUACUGGAAGAACUGCACUUUGUCUCUAUCUUAGGUGUUGUCGACUCCAUUGAACCUGUUGGUCAGUCCUGCCCAAAGUUGAAGUCAUUCACAUUGAGCUCAUCGGACUACAAACAUGGUGUGAUGUUUGAAAAUGAUGACUCCUGCAUCAACUUUCAAGCAGUAGCAAUUGCGCGAAGCAUGCCUGGUUUGCGCCACCUUCGGCUUUUGGGAAGUGCUAUGACAAAUAAGGGCCUGGAAGCCAUUCUUGAUGGGUGUCCGAAUCUUGAGUCGCUAGAUAUCCGGAGAUGUUUCAGAGUUGAUCUAUGUGGAGAGAUUGGUGAUAGAAUUGCCCAAAAAAUAAAAGAUUUCAAAUGCCCGAAUGAUCCAAUGGAAGAAGGUUGUGAUUGGGAUGCUGAUAUUUUUUAUUAUGGAGAUUAUAGUGAUGGAUGGUCUUCGCCUCGUUCUUACUCAUGCAUAGACUCUCCUGGUGACUCAACCGAUGACUACGCAUUGCGCGACUCCAUUGAAGAAUUCGAUUUCAGCGACUCCAUUGAAGAACUAGAUUUCUUUUGUAGAGGUAGCGACUGUUUGGAUUAGCGGAUUAAGUUUGAACUUUUCUAUGUUGAAAUUUUAUAUUAGCAUUUUUAGCGAUUGCAAUAUUCGGAAUUCUUAAAAAUGUCAUUACCAAAUGCAUUCGAGGUGCAAGAUGCUUGAAAUGAAGAGAUAUUUAAUCCAAUACCCAUUGUGCAGACUUUUGAGACAUAAAUCUGAUGGUAAAUU